AUGAUUCAGAGGCCUCUUAAGACUAUUGCAAAAAGAUCAGGUGAUGUCUACAUUCCUCGUGGUGUAUCUGUCCCAGCUCUUGACAAGGAUAUACUCUGGGAAUUCCAGCCUAAAAAACUAGGUGAUUAUACAUUAUCCUCUAUUCAGUGGAAAAUUGUGGAUCCUUAUGUUCCGAAGUCUGAAGCUGUUUCUGUUAUGGAAAUUUUGUUAAUUUCAAUCUGUUUUCUGAUGUCAGGCGAGGGAGAUCUUGUAACAAGUGGAGAUCUGUAUGCUACUGUGUUUGAGAACAGUUUAGUGGAACAUCACAUUGCUUUACCUCCUGAUGCCAUGGGAAAGAUAACAUAUGUUGCACCACCUGGUCAAUACUCAUUGAAGGACACUGUCUUGGAGCUAGAAUUUCAAGGUGUCAAAAAGAAAUUUACAAUGCUUCAGACUUGGCCUGUACGUACACCUAGGCCUGUUGCAUCAAAGCUUGCUGCUGAUACUCCUCUUCUUACUGGACAGCGUGUUCUUGAUGCUCUAUAA